UAGAGAGAGAGAAAACCCAUUUCUUUGCUUUCUCUCUCUUCUUCUCUUGUUUUCUCUGUUUCUCGUGAUUCUAAAACGAUUUCUAGAGAGAGGUUUUUGUUGUUUCGGUAUUGAGAAAUGGGGGAGGCGGCGAAUGUGUUCAAUUUGAGUGACAAGAAAUAUGAUUGCAAUGGGAAUGGGUGUGGGGUUGUUGUUGAGAGCCGUAGGCCUUGUUGUUGGUAUGAGGAGGAGAUCUAUGAUGACCUUAGGUGGUCUUUUGCCCUAAACAGUAUUUUGCAUACCGGGACAAGCGAGUUUCAAGACAUAGCGCUUCUGGAUACCAAACAUUUUGGGAAGGCUUUGAUAAUCGAUGGGAAGAUGCAAAGUGCAGAAAUGGACGAAUUCAUAUACCAUGAAUGCUUGGUUCAUCCUGCCUUGCUAUAUCAUUCUAACCCCAAAACUGUGUUUAUAAUGGGAGGAGGUGAGGGCUCCACCGCAAGAGAAAUACUGAAGCAUAGAACAAUAGAGAAAGUCGUCAUGUGCGAUAUUGAUGAGGAAGUGGUGGAUUUUUGCAGAAGAUAUUUGGUAGCAAACAGAGAAGCUUUCAAUAACAGGAAGCUUCAUCUGGUGAUUAACGAUGCAAGGGCUGAGCUGGAGAAGACACAGGAAAAGUUUGACGUGAUUGUAGGGGACUUGGCUGAUCCGGUUGAGGGAGGGCCUUGCUACCUUCUCUACACCCAAUGCUUCUACCAAAAUAUUCUCAAGCCCAAGCUUAACCACAAGGGUAUUUUCGUCACUCAAGCUGGACCCGCAGGUGUUCUCACCCACAAGGAGGUCUUUUCUUCCAUAUACAACACCCUUAAGAAUGUGUUUAAAUAUGUCAAGGCAUACACUGCGCAUGUGCCGUCUUUCGCAGAUACAUGGGGUUGGGUUAUGGCUUCGGACGAGCCAUUUGAGCUUGAUGCAGAGAAAAUGGACAUAGGGAUUGGAGAGAGAAUAAAGGGGGAGUUGCUUUACUUGGAUGGGGAGUCCUUCAUCUCGUCAACCACCAUGAACAAAAGCGUCUAUCAAUCGUUAUUGAAAGAGACCCAUGUUUAUACUGAGGAGAACGCGAGGUUUAUUUAUGGGCACGGGAGGGCCUGCCUACCUUAAAUGACGACGCUUAAAUGCAUGUUGUGUGCAUACCAUUAUUACUAUUAUUACGGUGCACUGAUUUUAAUCCUAUUGACAAACAACGCUUUGUAUCUCAUAUUUGUGGCAUCUAUGCGGUUCUCAUUCACCCAUC